AUGGCGAACGAGACCUCAGACGAGAAAGGCAAACCAGCAACAACCAUAGCAUCAGCAGAUCCCAUGCUUCAGCUCGACGACGAGAGCCUCGCUCUAAAGCUACAAAUCGAAGAGGUCGAAGCUCAACGCGAGCGUCAAACUGGGAAAUGGGCUGAAGGAAAUCCUCCUGAUCAUGCACUGGCAUUCGAUAACUACGAGGCUGAGUUGAAGACACUGGCAACGCGAGUUGAGGAUAUGAAGCUUGCUCACAGCAUUACCUAUGCAAUGGAAACCGAUGCUACAGCUAUCGAGGAAUUGAGAGCUCAAGAAAAGCAGUCUAUCGAAGACCGACAAGUUGCUUUAAGCUUGAACGAAGGCGAAGCUCUUCCGCACCAGGAUUCCAACGAAUUGCUUGAAAUGGGUGGUUUCGCAGCGGAAUCGGGACAAUGGGACCAUGUACUGCGGGAUAUUGAGUCUUCGAAAUCCGACAUGGACUGUGCUAGCACUGUCGCUGGCCCUUCGACUCCACACGUUUACCGCCAGGGAGCUAUCCUAGAUCGACUGCAACAACUGAAAAUCGACUGCAGCGUUUGUGGCGAGCCCAAUCAUCCUCACACUACUCUGCGUUUGGAUUGUGGUGAUGUUUAUUGCAGACCGUGCCUCAAGUCCUUUUUUCUUCGUGUUGCAAAGGAUGAAACGUUGUUUCCGCCAAAAUGUCAUGGUCGACCAAUUGACAUUUCAGCUAUCCUGACAGAAUUCUCAGUCGAAGAGCUGGCCUCCUAUAGAGAAGCCGAGAUUGAGUUCAACAGCGCCGAUCGUUUCUAUUGCGCCGAUCCGGAAUGCGCGAAGUUCAUUCCUCCGUCGCAGCGAACUCGGGAUGUUGCUACCUGUGUGGUCUGUAACGCUAGAACAUGCAUCCACUGCAAAUCCUUAGCACAUAAUGGAGACUGUCCAGUAGAUGAAGCAAGACAAAGUCUCAUUGCAUUUGCGGAAGAGCAAGGCUGGAGACGCUGUUUUGGAUGUGGUGAGAUGGUAUUUCGAUAUGAGGGCUGCAAUCAUAUGACCUGUAGAUGCAAAGCCGAGUUCUGUUACCCAUGUGGUGUAAAGUGGAAAGAAUGCAAAUGCGGAGACUGGGAAGAGGGCCUAUUGGACCAAAGAGCUCAACAGGUUGUUGACAGAGAGGCGCCAGCAAAUUUAGAGCCUGCAGCUCGUCAACGGCGCGUUGUCGAUAUGGCACAGGAAUUGCGAGAGAACCAUGAAUGCAAUCACAGCGGCAAGUUUACCAGGAUUGAAGGUUCACGUCGUGGUCGUGUCUGCGAGAUAUGCGGUACAAGACAUCGCAAGUACAUCUUACCUUGUAAACGUUGCCACAUCAAAUUGUAG